AUGUCUCUCCCCAUUCCACGGGCCCUUCCACGGUCCGUUUGGCGGUCCUAUGGCACCGUCCAAGGUCCCCCCAGCGCUACCUCACUCGCCAGCCGCAUCCCCAAUGUCCUCAUCGAGGCAACAGCUGCCACCGCCCCCCGCACCAACUGGACCCGCGAUGAAGUCAAUCAGGUCUACAACACCCCGCUGAACCAGCUCACAUAUGCAUCUCAAGCACUUCACCGUAAAUUCCAUGACCCAUCCGCUAUCCAGAUGUGCACCUUGAUGAACAUCAAGACCGGCGGAUGCAGUGAGGACUGUUCAUACUGCGCCCAGUCCUCACGGCACAACACCGGCCUAAAGGCAACUAAGAUGAGCCCCGUGGACGAGGUACUCGAGAAAGCCCGCAACGCCAAAGCCAACGGUAGCACCCGAUUCUGCAUGGGUGCCGCCUGGCGCGAUAUGCGCGGCCGCAAAACCAGUCUCAAGAACGUCAAGCAGAUGGUAUCGGGUAUCCGUGACAUGAACAUGGAGGUCUGUGUCACACUGGGCAUGAUCGACCAGGAUCAGGCCAAGGAGCUGAAGGAGGCCGGUCUCACCGCAUACAACCACAACCUCGACACCUCGCGCGAGUUCUACCCCACCAUCAUCACCACUCGCUCGUACGAUGAGCGUCUGCGAACCCUGGACCACGUCCGUGAUGCCGGUAUCAACGUUUGCUCCGGUGGUAUCUUGGGUCUAGGCGAGACGGAUGCCGACCGCGUUGGCCUUUUGCACACCGUUUCCAGCUUGCCUUCCCACCCUGAAUCCUUUCCCGUUAACGCUUUGGUGCCGAUUCCCGGAACACCUUUGGGAGAUCGAAAGAUGAUUCCGUUUGAUCGCUUGCUGAGAACUAUCGCCACCGCUCGGAUUGUGAUGCCCGCUACCAUCGUUCGUCUUGCUGCCGGUCGCAUUGCUUUGACCGAGGAGCAGCAGGUUGCUUGCUUCCAGGCCGGUGCCAAUGCUAUCUUCACCGGUGAGAAGAUGUUGACCACCGAUUGCAGUGGAUGGGAUGAGGACAAAGCGAUGUUUGACCGCUGGGGCUACUACCCCAUGAAGAGCUUUGAGAAGCCGGAAGUUCCUGGUGCCGAGAAGAAUACCGUGACCCCACCUCCAACUGCCGAGAAAACAGCUGCGCCGGUCGCAGCUAGCGCAUAG